AUGGUGACUAAAGAUCAGUCAGACUCAUCUUCAGGAGAAGCAUCCCCAGUGAGAAGCCCCGAAUUUAAAAAUGGGAGUGAACAACCGGGGUUCUUCGGUAUGCUCAUCAAGUCGGUAUUUGAGCCUGGUGCGAAUGCAGCUGUCGUUAUGGCCAUGAACCUAUGUUUCUUCUUCCUCUUACUCACUUUAUUCGGUCUGGCGGUAUUGACACAGUGGAAUAAACAUGUAUUGUUAUUAUUGGGUGUGACCGCAUUACUAUGGGGCUCAAUGAUGUGGUUUGUAUUGGAAUUGACGAAAGUGCAAAAUCGUCCCGAUAACAUGCCUCCGCCUACACUCGAUCUGAUUCCUACCAUGUCACCUGGACAAAGCGAGAUUGAUAAGGAAAAGAAGAAAGAUCGAUAA